UGACAGUGAGAAAGUUGGGGGUAGGCCUAUAGCGCCUCAGACAUGGACGGCUGCCCGGCUUCACUAUUCGUCAUCGCGUUUUUUCCAGCGUCCUCCUGCGUAUGCAUGUAUGCGACCGACGGGCUGAUUUCAUAACGUGAGGAGGAAGAGAGGAAUGGGGCUUUGAGCUCGGAUCAGCAGCAGCAGACCCCGGCAGGCUCCGUGCACCACCGCUGAUCUGUCUCCUCCCGGGCCAUGCAGAAGGUGCAGUAGAGGAGAUGCGGUAGUUGGAGGCUGCUGAUGCUGCGGUCCGAUCAGCUGUUUUUUGCGUCUUGAGCAUCAUCGCCGCGACGGCCACAGAGAUAGAGAUCAAGCUCCUGGAAGCCAGGGACACCGCAGAGCGGAUCGCAGAGGAUGGAGUUCAAGCAUCUGGUGGAGGCGGCGGAGAAGUGGUGCUCCGGUAACCCGUUCGACCUCAUCUUCGCCGAGGAGGACGACGAGAGGCGGCUGGACUUUUACGCAGAGCCCGGCGUCUCCUUCUACGUGCUGUGUCCCGGCGGCACCGACAGCUUUCAUGUGUGGAGCGAGAGCGAGGACUGCCUUCCCUUCCUCCAGCUGGCCCAGGACUACAUCUCCUCCUGCGGGAAGAAGACUCUGCUGGAGGUGCUGGAGAAGGUCUUCACGUCCUUCAGGCCUCUGCUGGGUCUUCCAGACAUAGAGGACGACAGCUUUGAGCACUACCACGCUGACAUGGAGGGGGAGCCUGGGCCCGACCACCAGCAGAUGGGGGUCAGCCAGCAGUGAUAAUCCCCAGGAAGAGAGGCCUGAGCUGGGGUUGAGCUCCUCCAAAGCCCCCGCUGCCGGGUCUCCGCACAUUAGCCCGAUUACUUAACAACACACACACACACACACACACGCACACACACACACACACACACACACACACACACACACACACACACACACUGACAGUCAACUUGCUAAAAAAACGCACCACCAUGUUCUUGAAUGUCUCAGUGGCUUUUGCUUCCCAAAGAGUGCACUUUGUUGCACUUUGUUGACCCCCCCUUAAUCAACACACACACAAACACACACACACUUACUUUGGGGCUACGUGAGCAGUAGCCACGUACAAUGCAAGUACCAUAAUCAUUCACUAUCUGGUUAGUUAAAGUUCCACAGCACAGCAAUAUUACAUCGGCCUCAGCUGGCUUUGUUAUGCAGAAAUACAGUCAGAUGUUACCGCAAUACACACUUACCCCCCUCCCCUCCCCAAACCAACACCCCCAUGCUGUGGAGAUGAAUGUGGCAGAUAGCCUAGUUUCUCUGCCGGUCUGUUGACACAGAGGAUACACGAGAGACAGACAGGAAAGAUGAGUGGGUUAAAACUGACGGUUUGUGGCCACAUGAGGCAACUGGAGUGACGCAAGGAGGAGAGGAAGGAGGGAGCAGCAGGUAUCAUUUUCCACUUUACGGAGGGAAAGCAGGAGGGAACCGAGCGAGGAUGUGCAAUCGUGACGUUCAGGUGGGGCAGCUCUCAAACGAUCCUCUUUUAAACACACAUUUAAAAAUAGUCGUAUAGAUAAGAGACAUAAAGCAUUUUACACAGUCGCUCCUCAUGUGGAAGUGUGCAGCUUUACAGUAGCAUGGAUCCUUUCUGUUCUGAGGUGUGUUUGUUAAUGUUUCCAAGGCAGUACACCUCAAAGUCACUUUAUGAGGAUGUUUUAAUCAAUGUUACUAUCAUAUGACCAUCACAAACAAAGGCCCAUGCUGCAGCUUAAGCCCUUCCCGGUUUGGGUGUCUCAUUGUCACAUGACACCUGAAUUCUUGUAUCCCGUAGUCUUCCUGGUUGUCGGUGGUUCACAGUUUGCCCUCCUUUUCUCAGCACAAUCUGAGGAGAUACCUCCCCGAGGCUUGCCAAAAUCUCCCUUCCCUGCGUUGUUUUAUGAACUUAACGUCUCAUUUAGCGGUCUCUCCAAAUCGUAAAUCGAAUAAGGGCACACCCAAACCCCUGAGUGAUAUCACAGGGAGGAGAAAACAUUUGUUGUCAGCUUCCCCCACCGCCCCCCUCCCGCCUGCCCACCCUGUAAUUUCUAAUCUUGCUGUGUUGUUGUGUCACAUCCAGGGCACUGCAAUGCUUCAGGCCUCCCUCAGCCACUAGAUCCACACGCAGAACCUCUUUAAGAUCUUUUGCCCAUUGACUUUAGGCUUGUAAAUGUUUGUCUUUUGGUUGCCUCUUUGAAUGUUUCUCAUCCAGUGUAUCUUCUGUUUGUCCUCUGAUGUGUGUGAAACUGGUCAAUAAACCGUGUGAACAGAG